CCGAUGCGGUGAGGCCGCCGCUCCGGUCCGUCACCGCCCCGGCUGCGAUGCUCCGGGGCGGAUCGGCGCUUCGCCACUCCCCGCAACCCCGCGGGUGGCCCCGCGGAAAGACACCGGGUGCCGCCCCGGGGAUCCUGGGCCCCUUCGUCAAGCCCCCACCUCGUCCCCACCCGGGCUCCCCCGGCCCUGGCCGCUGCCCCCACCCCUUCGGCCUCCGCCUUCCCCUCCCCUUCCCCUCCCGGUCCCUCCUCCCCGCCGGCGCCGGCCGUGCAGCCUCGACUGAGGGGCGGCUGCCGCUGCUGCCGGCGGCUCCGGGAAAAUGUCCGAGCGCGGCGGCUUCUACCGGCAGGAGCUGAACAAGACGGUGUGGGAGGUGCCCCAGCGCUACCAGAACCUCACCCCCGUCGGCUCCGGCGCCUACGGUUCUGUCUGCUCGGCUUAUGAUACCAAAACAAGACAGAAGGUGGCAGUGAAAAAGCUUUCAAGACCUUUUCAAUCACUUAUCCAUGCCCGGAGGACCUACCGGGAACUUCGGCUGCUUAAGCACAUGAAGCAUGAGAAUGUUAUAGGACUGCUUGAUGUUUUUACACCUGCAACAUCAAUAGAAAACUUUAAUGAAGUAUAUCUUGUGACAAAUUUAAUGGGUGCUGACCUGAAUAACAUUGUGAAGUGCCAGAAGUUAACGGAUGAUCAUAUACAGUUUCUCAUCUAUCAGUUACUUCGAGGUCUUAAGUAUAUUCACUCAGCUGGAAUCAUCCAUCGGGACCUGAAGCCCAGUAACCUAGCUGUAAAUGAAGAUUGUGAAUUGAGGAUUUUAGACUUUGGUUUAGCUCGUCAAACUGAUGAUGAAAUGACUGGAUAUGUUGCAACAAGAUGGUACAGAGCUCCAGAAAUUAUGUUAAACUGGAUGCACUACAAUCAAACAGUUGACAUAUGGUCGGUUGGAUGUAUCAUGGCAGAGCUAUUGAAGGGAAAGGCUCUGUUUCCAGGAAAUGAUUAUAUCGAUCAGCUGAAGAGAAUAAUGGAAGUUGUGGGCACGCCCAGUUCGGAACUUCUGAAGAAGAUAUCAUCAGAACAUGCAAGAAAAUACAUCGAAUCUCUUCCACAUAUGCCUCAGCAGGAUUUGAAAGCAGUAUUUCGUGGUGCCAAUCCAUUAGCUGUAGAUCUGCUUGAGAAGAUGCUUAUUUUAGACAGCGAUAAAAGGAUCACUGCGUCGGAAGCACUUGCCCAUCCCUACUUUGUGCAGUAUCAUGAUCCAGAUGAUGAACCUGAGGCCGAGCUGUACGACGAGUCCAUAGAGAACAAGGAGCGAACCAUAGAUGAAUGGAAAGAACUUACCUAUGAAGAAGUGAAUAGCUUUAAACCACCCGACUUAAAAAUGGACAGCCUGGAGAUAGAACAGUGAAUACAGGCCGCUCUGUCUUGCCUUGCUGCACUAUGAAGACUGUUAAAAUAUAACCAUACAAUUUAACCUGUGGUCACACAUAGAUUUUACUAUCCAAAGAUGUUGGAGGAGAUGUUGAAAAGCAGAUGCAUUAAACAGAAGCCAGAUGUUGUCUGGUUUGGGUGGGGGUGUUUUUUGCCUUGUAAUAUGAAUGUAUUCCCAGCUCACAAAGGGUGGUAAAGAACUGCUUCAUUCUGACAAAAUUAUGCACUGAGUUCUGUCAAGCUGUGUGUUCUGCAUGUUUCAUUUUAUCAGUUGUAUUGCCAAAAUAAAGGUGACCUUUUAAAUUAA